UGUUUAACUCAUUCUAGUGGGGAACUUGGUUGGGUUCGCAAAGACUCUGCGAGAAGAAAGCUUGUGGAGGACUGGGCUUCAGAACCUUACACGAGGUGAAUAUUGCCUUCCUUGGUAAACAAAUUUGGAGAAUGCUUAAUGAGCCAUAUAUUCUUAUGUCCCGAGUCUAUAAGGCUCGUUAUUUCCCAACUACUAUUGUUUUAGAAGCCACUUUGGGUCAUAGCCCAAGCUUCAUAUGGCGUAGUGUGAUAUCAACUCAACAGAUGGUUAGAAGAUUUCAGUUUGGGCAGAUUCUUGGCUGCCAGAUUCUAAUAAUGCCUAUGUAACGACUGAUCGAGAUAAUGCAAAUGUUAAUAUCAAUGGGAUUCAGAGUUAGUCGGGCAUCUCUUUGAUGAGUGUGAUAGAGAACUUAUUUUAUCUCUACCUCUAAGUUAUAGGAGAACUGAAGACAGAGUUUGGAGACAUGACAAAAAAAGGUCGAUAUACAGUCAAGAGUGGGCAUGAGUGCCUUUCUAAUCAACAGGUUCAUAUGGGUUCAAAUGUGGUUGCAUGUAGCUGGAAGCAGCUUUGGUCCAUGAAGAUCCCUCCGAAGAUAAAGAGUUUCUUAUGGCGAGUUGUUAGAGACUGUUUACCGAUAAGAAGACAACCUUAUAAAGAGGAAGAUAGAAGUGGAUGUUGUUUGCCAAGUUUUGUGGUCUUUGCAAUGAAACUACUUUUCAUGUGGCUGUUACUUGUUCUUUCCCAAAGCACGCUUGGCAGCUUUCUGGUGUGGGCUUUAUUUGUAGUAGUUUGAUUAAUGUGGGAAAAUGGUUAAGUUUAGUCUUUGCUAAUAUGUCUCCAGAACAGUGUGUAAUUGGAACUUGUGGAACAAUUGAAAUCAAAUUGUUUGGCAGCAGAGAUUUUUUACCAUUCAACGCGUUAUAAGCUCGGGUGACUCUCUUGUGUCUCAAUAACAGCUUGCCAACGUAGCUAAUAAGCAAACGUUGGACUAAACCAGCGUUGGGUUGGUACAAAUGCAACUUUAAUGCUGCGGUAUUUGCUCGUCAACAACGACUGCUGAGCUUUGGUUCUAUCAUUCGGGACUCCAAUGGUCAAUUUGUGGCUGCUAAAAAUGGUAUAUUUGCUGGUCCCUCAAAUCCUGCAUUGGCGAAAGUAAUGAGUUUUAGAGAAACUCUUAGUUGGGUUUUGAUUCUGUGGGAUUUGAGUCUGAUUGUCAAUCAUCAGUGAAUGGUUUCUUUGGAUCUUAUAUUGAUUUUUCAGAUUUUGGUCUUGUUUUGGAUGACUGCAAAUUUCUUUUUUCAAGAGCUUAGUCAUGCACAUCUGGUGUUUGUGAAAACUGCUCAUUGUUUGGCGAGGGCGGCUGUUUCUAUGUCUGGCCAGUGCGAGUGGCUUAGCAAACCUCCUCGUAGAAAGUACACCGGAAAAAACAGCUAACAGCAGAAAGAAAAAGCAUUAUUAUGGCUAAAGUAGCAGCAACUCUCACUCUUUCUCUCUUCAUCUUGUACUUCAUUUCAGGUGGUAACUCGGCGACUGCUAAUAAUUAUGAACAGAAAACUUGGUGCGUAGCAAAGCCAUCAUCGGACCAAGCAACUUUACUUGCAAAUAUUAAUUAUGCAUGCUCUCAAGUUGAUUGCCGGAUUCUGCAAAAGGGUUGCCCUUGUUUCAGUCCAGAUAAUCUCAUGAAUCAUGCCUCCAUUGCUAUGAACAUGUACUACCAAUCCAGAGGAAGGAACAGAUGGAAUUGUGAUUUCAGGAACUCUGGUCUUAUUGUUAUGACUGAUCCGAGUUAUGGUAAUUGCAUCUACGCCUGAUGCUUGGUACAAAGAAAGGAUUGUUAGUCCAUGAGAAGUCAAAGUUAUAUUCCUUUUAAUUUUUGUGAAUUUGUCUUGUAAUUCUCUCUGAAUUAUUAAUGAUCAGUGGUUAUAUAUUGCUUUAAAAAAAAUAGUGGAGUCGAUUUAAUUUUUAAU